AAAGGAAAAAAACACACACACAUAACAAAGAAUACCACACAAUAAAACCUCUGUCUAGUCUGAAAUAUCCAAAGAAAAAUCUUUCCCUUUUCUUUCUCUCUUUCUUCUCUCCCAUGGCUGUCUCUUUUGCUUCAGUGUUUAGCCAUCCACUCUCCAUCUCCAUCCUUACUCGCCGCCCUUUAACCUGUACUUUCCACCGCCGUCAUUAUUGUUCCCCUACUUUUGCUACGUUAAGCUCCUCUUCUUCCUCUGACCCAUCAUCAUCGUCACCAGCAGUAGCAGCUUCAAGUAGUGAAAAUAUUCUUUCAUCCAAAACCCAACAGCCAAAACCCUUUAUUGAAUCAUCGAGACCCCAUGAUCCUAGCAGCUUUAACUAUGCGGUAGCCAAUCCUAAUGGUAACCCCUUCCUUGGUUUUGCUCGUUCAACUGAGUCCAACAUUGAAAAGACAAUUUUUGACUUCCGAUUUUUGGCACUUCUGGCUGUUGGAGGUUCCUUGGCCGGUUCACUGUUAUGCUUUCUAAAUGGUUGUGUUUACAUAGUUGAUGCUUACAAAGUCUAUUGGACAUGCUGUGUUAAAGGGAUUCACACGGGGAAGAUGGUUUUACGAUUGGUUGAAGCAAUUGAUGUUUAUCUUGCUGGGACGGUCAUGUUAAUAUUUGGUAUGGGCUUGUAUGGAUUAUUCAUCAGUAAUGUGAAUCCAGAAGUGCCUGCUGGUGUUGAUCGUGCCCUCAAAGGCUCAUCUUUGUUUGGAAUGUUUGCUUUGAAGGAGAGGCCAAAAUGGAUGAAAAUAAGUUCCCUGGAUGAACUAAAGACUAAAGUGGGACAUGUUAUAGUCAUGAUUCUUUUAGUGAAGAUGUUUGAAAGAAGCAAGAUGGUGACAAUAGCCACUGGUACGGAUCUACUUAGUUAUUCUGUAUGUAUUUUCCUGUCAUCUGCUUCUUUAUACAUCCUUCAUCAUCUUCACAAGCCAGAAUAGAGAUGUCAGAUUUGGAGCUCAAAUAAUGUAUUAUUGAUCAAAUUCAAAGUAUAUGAUGUAAUUGUAAUGUUUAACAUCUUGAGCAGAUAUUUUUCAAUUUAACGAAAAAUGGUGUGAA